AAUCGUUAUUGGACCCGCACCCGGACUCGCGCCCGGACAGAAAACCGUUUGUUGAGACCCGGCCAGCUCUUAUCAGUCGCCAGAAUGGAACGCUCGAGCACGAAUUUCGAUAAAUACACUAAAAUUUGGAGUGGACCAAGGCCGGCGAAUUUCUUUGAUUCGGAUUGUUCGAUUGGUAAAAUUCUGUUUGCGUUUAUGCGGAAUCAUCCAUCCAGCAUUUGCCAGAUUUCCGACACCGAGGGCACGGCUUUGACCAAUGGCGAGGCCAUCACCUUUGCCAUCCGAAUCGCCCAGCAACUGAAGGCACUGGGGCUUAAGCAAGACGAUGUGGUGGGAAUUGCGGGAACCAACACUACUUAUCUAAUGCCCGUGGUUCUGGGUUGCCUCCUGAACGGAACGCCCUUCCAUGCAGUUAGUCCCUGGCACGACGAGGACACGAUGAAGCACCUGUUCUCCAUCACCCGGCCGCGGCUCAUCUUCUGCGAUGGCUACGUCUAUCAGAGGCUGAGCAUCAUUGCCAGGAUACUCAAGUCCCAGGUGUACACUCUGAAGGAUCAUCGCUUGGGCAUGCCGCGAGUAGAAGAUCUGCUCGAGCCCACAAAAGCGGAGCUUUAUUAUGUGCCCGAACACCUUCUUCUGGGCGGCGAUCAGACGGUGGCCGUCCUGUGCACCUCUGGCACCACGGGUCUGCCCAAGGCCGUCUGCAUCACUAACUCUGCUUGCCUCUUUGACUUUGGCUUCGUGACCGGUCAGGAUGUAUUGCUCUCCUUCAGCACCAUCGACUGGUCGGCAGGCAUGUUCAACAUGCUCUUCAGCUGCUGCCACGGCUCCACGCGGAUCAUCACGGACCGGGCCUACACACCCGAGUACAUGCUGCAGCUGGUGGAGAAGUAUAAGGUGACCCUGCUGACGGUGGUUCCGCAGCAGGUGGCGUCGCUCCUCAAGGCGCCAACCCUAAGCAAGCAGCGCCUCUCCAGCAUCCGCUUCGUGAGUGUGGGCGGUGGCUCAUGCUACGUGGCCAAUCUGCUAAAGCUGCAGGACUUCCUGAUCAAGGGACAAAUAUCCUACGGCUACGCCCUGACCGAGUGCGGCGGAGUGGCGGCCAACAUGGGCGUGGCCAAGCCCUCCUCGGUGGGCAGGAUUGUGCCGGGUGUGCGGGUGAAGAUCCUGGACGACGCCGGACGAAGUCUCGGCCACGGAGACACAGGCGAGAUUCUGGUGCACAACGGGAAGCUAUGGAAUGGCUAUUACGGCAACCCCAACGAGUCGAAGCGUAUGCAGGACUACCAAGGAUGGUUCCACACCGGCGACAUGGGCUACUUUGACGACGAGAAUUACCUGCACAUUGUGGAGCGGAAGGGCGACCUCCUGCGCUUUCACGGCGCCCAGUACUGUCCCCACGAGCUGGAGCAGGUCAUCGCCGAGCUGCCGGACGUGAUCGAGGCCUGUGUCUUUGGACUGUGGAACGAGGUGGACGGCGAUCCUGCGGCAGCGGCCGUUGUCAAGGUCCCGGGAAGUCGGCUCACCGAAAUGGAUAUCGUGGAGUACGUAGCCAAGCGCCUGGUGGUCACCCACAAGCAACUCCACUGCGGGGUAUUCUUCCUGCCAGAGCUCCCGAAGACAGGCAGCGGCAAGGUGCUGCGCCAGCAGGCACGCGAUCAGGCGCUGGGCAAGAAAUGGGCCGACUACGGCAACGGACACUAAUCUUUCAUAGACUUAAUUCUGUUAGGCUUAAAGACAAUUAGUAAUUAUCGCCGGGUGACUCAUCCAGCCAGUGUUAGAGUACUGCCGAAAAAAAAUAAAAUAUACACCCAAACGCA